GUAAAAUCAAAAACAUAAAUCUGAUCAUAAUGGAAGCAAGACAUAUGCUCGUGACAAUACUCUUGUUAUCAUUUGUGUUUAUGAAUAUCAUGAAGGUGGAAGCUCAAAAAGUAAUUGGAUAUCCAGCAAUAGGACGUGAUGGUGCACGUGGAUGUAGUCCUAAAGAUCCUUCAUGUCCACAACAACCGGAGAAGCCGUACAAGCGAGGAUGUGAGAAAAUUACAAGAUGUGAACGUGAUCGCCGUAAGCAAGCCCAUCUUCGGAAUCCUCGAAAAGUACUAGAUGUAGUCGCAGUGAUGGCAAAGGCCAAGCAGCUCUACUGAACAAUAUAUGAUUAAAAUUAUAGAUAUGCAAAAUCAUAUGAAACUAUUGCAACUAGACGACCA